UCGUCCUGCCGUAAAGCGCGAUGUGCGGUUGCCGUUGGAGACGCAAUAUAGGAAGUAAAUUCCACAGCCUUGCUUGUUGUGACAGCUGGAGCUAAACCUUAAACUACAUCUGCCUGCUUUAUUAUAUCCUCUCUCUCUUCUGCUAUUGGUUCUUGUCGACAUAAACUACCGACCUGACUAGCUAACAUAUCGCUGAAAGGUAACGUUGGUGACAGACAGCCCAGCAGCCCAUGAGUCGCAGUAGGAACCCCCCUCCCAGGGGUCAAGGGGCAGCAAGAGCCAAACAGAUGGGCCUGCUCCUUGACCUGACCCCGGAUGGAGGGAUGGAUGAUGAUGGGAAUGAUGAAGACCUGGAGGCAGAGCUGCUGAAUCUGGUGGGAGGAGGUGGAGGGAGACCACAAGGGAAGAAAGGUGACGGCAAAGCUCCUGUUCCCAUGGCUGAUAUAGAGCGAAUGGCAGCUCUGUGUAUGAAAGACCUGGAUGAUGAGGACAUGGGGGAUGACGAUUUGGAUGAUGAAGACCUGCUGGCAGAACUGAAUGAGGUUUUAGAGGAUGAUCGGGAUCAAACUCCUGCUCCCACCCCCCCUGCGGUCACGCCGACUGUUCCCAAAGUGAGCAUCACAUCCCACUCUGCACCUCCUACUGCUCCUAGUGGUGCGACUGGGGUGGAGGCUCGCCUAUUGGAGCGCAUUGAAAUGUACAAGACAGCCAUUUCCAAUGCCAAGGCUGCGGGGGAGACGAGCAAAGUUCGAAGAUACGACCGUGGGUUAAAGACACUGCAGUCCAUGUUGACAUCCGUCAAGAAAGGAAAAGCAGUCAAUGAGGAGGAGAUGCCGCCUCCAGUUGCUCUCGGUGGAAAGCCCAACGUCACAGCCGAGUCUGAGUCGAUCAAGGAACGCGAACUGCCAGAGCCCACGCUGACGCCCUCUCCUCCCACAAAUCUGAAACCUCUAAGGGAGGCUGCGCCAACAGCUCUUAAUACGAAGCCGCUCCAUCUGACCGUGCCCCAAAAGCCUGCUGCUGCCAUCACCCCGGGAACACCUGCCAUCUCUCCCCUCACCCCCGGCCAGCCCAACGCACAGCACUCAGAGCUGAAACAGGCAGUGUUGUCCAGGCAGCGGGAGUAUAAGAUAGCCGCCAUACACUCAAAACAAGGCGGGGACAUAGACCAGGCAAAACAGCACUACCUCACUGCCAAGAAGCUGGACGUGCUGGUGGAGGCACUGGACAGAAACGAACCAGUAGACCUGAGCUCACUACCUCCUCCUCCUGGAGAUGAAGUUGCAGAACCCGUUGCACCUCCUCCUCCUCAGUCUUCCUCUAAACCUGCUGCCCCCGCUGCACCCGCACCCACCCAGGUGGCCACUGCCGAUCUGCCUGCUCCCAGCAGUUUGGGAGAAGCCCUGCAGCAGAGGAUGGAUAUAUACAAGUCAGCAGCAGAGGGAGCCAAGAGCAAAGGAGAUGAUCGUAAGGCUCGCAUGCACCAGCGCAUUGUCAAGCAAUACCAGGACUCCAUGAGAGCUCACAAAGCUGGACGUCAAGUCAACUUGUCUGAUCUACCUGUGCCGCCAGGCUGUCCACCAUUUCAGGGCUCAGAGGGGGGUCAGCAGAACUUCAUGGGUGUCCUGGAAACAGCUAUGAAAAUAGCUAAUCAGAAUGCAGACGCAGAAGAUGAUGAAGAGGAUGGACGAAGAGAGGCUGCCAAGCCUGCAGUGCGUCCACCUGGCCUUAAAGCAAAGUCUCCAGCUCCUCAGGCCCCCGGAGGCUCCUCAGCUCCAAAACUGGGAGCUAAAGCCCAGCAGCAAUUGGAUUUCCUGUUGCUAAGGCGACAAGCUUUUUUGCGCGCAGCGCUGCGCUCAAAACAGAUGAAGGACAUGACUGGAGCAGCGCAGCACCUCAGACAUGCCAAGGGACUGGACCCCAUGGUCACUGCUGCCAAGUCUGGCCUACUUGUUGAUAUCACCAAGAUUCCCAGUGCUCCAGUCAGUGAGGAGGACUACUCCCUGGCUCGCUCCCGCACCUCCCCUCUCUCCCCUCGCUCCAGCGAACAGUACCACGGCCUCAUGGAACUCUUGCGGAAGCAGCAUGAGAAAUGUUUGGGAUACUCUCAACAGCUCACACUCAUGGGAAAUGUGGCUGAGGCUCUGAAGUUUGAGAAGCUAGUGGAGGAGUGUAUGAAGAACAUCGAGAUACUGAAGAAUGCCCACGCCAAGGGCCAGCCAGUCCCCAAGUGCCACACAGAGGAGAGGACCCUCAACAUUGUCAAGAUCAACCAAAACCUGACACCUAAUGACCUUAUACUGUACAUCAACAAAGGCAUCAACCUACCAGCUCCCUCAGGUGUCUCACCUGGCGAUCUGGAUGCCAGUGUGAAGUUUGAGUUUCCUUUUCCCAGUUCGGAGGAAGCUCAGAGGGACAAAACGAGCACAGUGAAGAGCACCAACAGCCCAGAGUUUAAAGAGACUUUCAAACUCAACAUCAACCGCGCCCACCGGGGCUUCAAACGAGUCGUGCAGUCCAAAGGCGUCAAGUUUGAAAUCGUCCACAAGGGAGGCCUGUUUAAGACAGACAAAGUUGUGGGCACUGCUCAGCUGAAGCUAGAGGCUCUAGACAACCACUGUGACAUUAGAGAGAUAAUAGAGGUGAUGGACGGACGUAAAGCUACAGGUGGCAAGUUGGAGGUGAGAGUGAAGAUCAGAGAGCCUUUAUCGGGAGUUGAUCUCCAGCCGGUGACAGAGAAGUGGCUGGUUCUCGAUCCUGUGUCUUCCCUUUCUCCCCCAGAGAGACAAAAGGAACGCGCUCCAUCUCCUCGGUCUAAACCCAGAAACGAAGCAAGCAGCAGGAGCAGUCAUCCCAACAACUCUCCUCCACAGUACAAACUCCACAGCUUCAGCCUCCUCAACCACGACAGGGAGCGUCUAGAGAGAAAGAUUGCAGAGUACAGAAAGGCGCGACGGGAUCCCCCAUCUGACCUCGUCCAUCAACACAAGGAGGUCACACACAGACUGCAGUGGCAGAAAGCGCAGCUGGAGAGAGCCUCUUCUGCUCAACUGACAGAGUAUGAAAAUGUGCUGCAGCGCUCCGUCCAAGGCUAUAGUGACUCUGUGAAGAAAUACUCCAGCCAAGGCAACAGGGACGCUGCCAAGGAUGCACUGGGCAGGUUGAAGAUGGUAGAGAAUGAGCUGGAAUCGCUGAAAAGGAAACGCACGGGAUGAGAGGAGAGUAAGGGAGUGGAGACUUGGCUUGAGUACUGUUAUAUCAUCUCUCUCUCAUACACACUCCUAUACAAACACUACAGCGGGGACUUUUAGCACAUUUAGCAUGAUUCCAUGCUGCUCAUGUCCAUGACAACUGCAUGAACCAACAUACAAUCAAAUAACUUGUCACGUGUGGUUAGUCACAGUAAUUAAAAAGAAAUCUUUCACUACAAA